UUACUGUACAGAAGGCUCAGAAGCUACGGAUAAAGAGGAGCCAUCUAGGGACCUUCGUGGCGCAGUCAGGUUUGCUCCUAUAAAUAGACUCGGAGCGAAGCACUAGCUGUAGUUGGAGCAGCUCUUCAGACCACAGGAGAGAACUUCGGGCCGACGAGGAAGGCGGAGACGCUGCGAUCUUCUCUCCUCUUCCUCACACCUCACAGUCUAGAGCUUUUCACAGGCAAAGAAGAAACAAGACUCCAACUCAGAACUUCGAAUUAAAGGACCGUUAUCUAUCAAGCGAGGUGGUUAUUGUUUACUCAGCAUCUUUUCAUCUCCAGCAACUGCUACCCUUCUCGCUUAAGUUUACUUCUCUCUUCCUUUCUCUAGAUCGCUAAGCACAGACAGACAGACAGACAGAGAGAACCGGAGGCACUCUUAUAGCUAACUCCAAUUCUGUAGUUUUUUUGUCGCCUGCCCAAAUGAAGCAUCGCCGGAGAAAACAAUCAGAGCUCUUCUGGGCCAGAGUUGUUCUAAGGAAGUGGCUGAACAUCAAAACCAAAGAUUCUGAUUACAGCGCUGACACAGAUGACGGUAGCGACAGCGGUUCUGAUCUCGAAGAAUGCGGGUGUUAUGAAGGAGAAUCACGGUUUGGGGACAAGAAAGGGGAUGGAGUCAAAUUCGAGCCCAAUGGGACCUCUGAUACUCUUCCUAGGUUGAGAAGACGAAAUUCAGAGACCCUUCGGGCUCAAUACAUACAAACUAAAGAAAUCAGGAUCUGUGUUGGGACAUGGAAUGUUGGAGGGAAACUUCCAUCUGAUGACCUAGAUAUCAAAGAUUGGUUGGAUAUGGAUCAGCCUGCUGAUAUAUAUGUGCUUGGCCUUCAGGAGAUUGUCCCACUAAAUGCCGGGAACAUUUUUGGUGCUGAGGAUGGCCGUCCAGUUCCAAAAUGGGAAAAUAUUAUUCGUGAAACACUGAAUAAAAUACAACCAGUUAAGAAAAAGGUUAAGUGUUAUAGUCAUCCUCCUUCUCCAUCGAGGUUUAAGCAAUCAGAUGAUGUCUCGGAUAUUGAAGAUGAAAUACUGGAUGCAACUGAUAGUGAUGAUGAUGAGAUGGUCCAUCCACUGGAUGAAGAAUGUGAUGAUAUCAAUGAAAUAAAGGAUACAGUCACCAUGAGUGAAAAUGUAUUAACAAGUAUGUCAGUUUUAAAUUCGACUGAACAUGCUGAUGUAGAAUUAUCAAUGAAAGAAGGUUUGCAGAGGCAGUUUUCCACACCAAAGAGAUUAGAUAGAUUAAAUUGUUUCCGUACAGAGAAUUCUAUAGGGAUUUCUGAAUCAUCAUUUUCUCAAUCCCAACAGAAAGGAAAAUUGGCCAAAACGCUUAGUGGGACAGAAAGGAUUGGUUUGAGCUGGCCAGAGCUUCCAAUGGAUUUACUGGCUAAGCAUGUUUUAGACAAACAAAGUUCUUUCAAAUCAGUUAAAUCUUUCAAAGCCUCUAAUUCUUUUAGGCAAUCUUAUUCUUUCAAGUCAUCAUCAAUGAAGAGUAGCAGAGGGUCAUCAAAGACGGAUUCACUUGCAGAAUUUGACCUGGAACCUAUUCUACAGCAGAAGAAAAGAUCACAAUUUGUAAGAAUAGUUAGUAAACAGAUGGUUGGGAUCUUCCUUUCUAUAUGGGUUCGUAGAAGCUUGAGGAGGCAUAUUCAAAACCUGAAGGUAUCCACUGUUGGUGUUGGCAUUAUGGGUUACAUUGGUAACAAGGGAUCAAUAUCUGUCAGCAUGUCUAUAUAUCAGACACUCUUUUGUUUCAUCUGUAGUCACCUAACAGCAGGUGAAAAAGAAGGGGAUGAACUUAAAAGAAAUGCUGAUGUGCAUGAAAUACAUCGGAGGACAAAUUUUGAUUCAGUUUCUGGUCUGGGAUUUCCCAAAACCAUCUAUGACCAUGAAAGAAUAAUAUGGUUUGGGGACCUGAAUUAUCGUAUCAAUUUACCAUACGAGAAAACACGAGAACUCAUAUCUAGAAAAGAAUGGUCUGAGUUGAUCGAGAGGGACCAGCUUGUAAGAGAACUAAGAAAGGGACGUGCGUUUGGUGGAUGGAAAGAGGGUACCUUAAAUUUUCCACCCACAUACAAAUAUGAGUAUAAUUCAGAGAAAUAUUGUGGAGAUGACCCAAAGACUGGGCGGCGUACUCCAGCAUGGUGUGAUCGCAUUCUUGCAUAUGGAAAUGGAAUGAGGCUAUUGAAUUAUAAGAGGAUUGAGCAGAGGCUUUCUGACCAUCGGCCUGUGACAGCCAAUUACAUGGCUGAGGUAGAGGUUUUCUGUCACAGGAAGCUACAAAGAGCUCUCACAUUCACAGAUGCAGAGUUAGAAGCUGAUGAAGUUAUAACAGAUAACUUUAUGGCAGAACAAACUGCUUAAGUUUUGGAAGGAUAUAUACGAUUUGGAAUGUUAAUACAGAAUGACUGAAUGAUAAUCUUAACAUGCACAAAGGUAUAGACAGAUUUCUUAAAUUUGUUAUUUUUUUCAUAUCAAUUCUUUGUUUUGAUUUCUUUUUUUUUUAUUUUUUUUGCAACCAAUUCUUGGUUUUGGUUAUGCUUUGGAUAGCGUUUCAUGUCAUUAAUUCAUUAUACUAAAUGUGUAUAUAUUAAUGGCCAGCAGAGCUACUGAUGCAAAUUAAUUGAAAAACAGAGUUCAGUGCGUGUGUGCUGUCUCAAUAUGUAUAUAUUUGUAUUGAAUGUGUCUUGCUUAGUUCAA